CGAAGCUGCUUCAAAAAAUUAUUUUAAUUGACACAACUUUUCGUCCUAAUGAGAGAAACGAGUUCACGAGAAGACACUAAUAAUAUUGGAAAAGCACCUGAAAUGUCUGGAGGAACCAUUAUGGAUACAAUGACUUCACUUCCACAUCAAAACGACCAAAACGUCAUUCGUCACCUCACCAAUCUCGUAAAAUCACCAGCAUCUGGGGACGAUGAUAUCAAGAAGAAAGAAGAUUCGAUCAUGGAAUUGGGAAAUAUUUUGGCUCAAAAUAAGCAAACUGAAGAGCUCCGAAAUAUGAUUGAACAAACGAGGCCAUUUUUGGUGUCAUUGGGAAAGGCAAAGGCUGCAAAACUUGUCAGAGAUCUUGUUGAUCUAUGUCUUAAAAUUGAUGAUCAAGAUGGAGAUAUUAAGGUUGGACUCGUUAAAGAAUGUAUUCAAUGGGCCACCGAGCAAAAUCGCACUUUCCUCCGUCAAACACUCACUGCUCGUCUUGUUCGCCUCUAUAAUGAUCUUCAAAGAUACACUCAGGCUCUUCCACUUGCUGCCGAUUUGAUUCGUGAACUGAAAAAAGUCGACGAUAAGGACGUUCUCGUGGAAGUCGAACUUGAGGAAAGCAAAGCGUACUAUAAUCUUUCCAAUAUUGGUCGUGCUCGUGCUUCUCUCACUGGUGCUCGUACAACUGCCAACGCAAUCUAUGUGAAUCCUCGCAUGCAAGCAGCUCUCGAUCUUCAAUCGGGAAUUCUUCACGCUGCCGACGAGAAGGACUUCAAGACAGCUUUCUCAUACUUUUACGAAGCAUUUGAGGGAUACGAUUCGGUUGAUGAAAAAGUGUCCGCCCUCACCGCUCUUAAGUAUAUGCUUCUGUGCAAGGUGAUGCUUGACCUUCCAGAUGAGGUGAACAGUCUUCUGUCCGCAAAACUUGCUCUUAAAUACAAUGGUUCUGAUUUGGAUGCGAUGAAGGCGAUCGCCGCAGCUGCACAAAAGAGAUCUCUUAAGGAUUUCCAAGUUGCAUUCGGUUCUUUCCCACAGGAACUUCAAAUGGAUCCAGUUGUCCGAAAACAUUUCCAUUCUUUGAGUGAACGAAUGCUUGAAAAAGAUCUGUGCCGUAUUAUUGAGCCAUACUCAUUCGUUCAAAUUGAACAUGUUGCUCAACAGAUUGGAAUUGAUAGAUCAAAGGUCGAAAAGAAGUUGUCCCAAAUGAUUCUCGAUCAAAAACUUUCGGGAUCUCUUGAUCAAGGCGAGGGAAUGCUUAUUGUAUUUGAAAUUGCUGUUCCCGAUGAGGCGUACCAAACUGCUCUGGAUACAAUUCAUGCAAUGGGAGAGGUUGUCGAUGCACUCUAUAGUAAUGCUUCGAAAAUUAACUGAUGAUUUCUUCGAAUCUUCAUUUUUUGUUCUGCCUUGUUUUUGUACAAUAUCUCGACUUUUCCCAUUUUCUAAAUUUUCUUCGAUUUUCCCUCACGGUUCAGUCCUCCGUUCUCCUUUUGAAAAUUUAUUAUGUUUUUUUAUAAUUGACGACUCCCUCUUUUUUAACCUAGACCUUUCACUUUUCUCCUCCUCUGGAAGCAUCAAACUAUCCAUUCUGCAUUAUUUUGUAAACGUUUAAAUAUCCCCCGAACCCGACGUUGUUCAAUAAAUUUAAGUUGCAC